UUUUCAAUUAAGAUGGCUGCAGAUGAUUCUUUUAAGAAGCCAGGAGCCAUUCCAUUCAAGUGGGAGAUCCGACCCGGAGUUCCCAAGGUCCAACAACAACCUCAUCUACAAUCAUCAUAUGAUCACCACCGUCCACUUCCCCUGCAACCGCAACUACAUAAACAGCAACACAGUGAUCUGGACCCUUCAUUUCCAUCCACUCCACAAAAGCUUAGACCUCCACCUGCUGGACUAUACUUCCAACCUCCACCGGAGCUCAGAACCGGAUCCUUCCGCUCAACUACAAGGACCAGGUCCGAGAGCUACCGUUUCGACAGUCACAUCCUUGGUCGACCCGAAGUUGUGUCCACUGGCUGCUUACCCACACCACUGCUAAGGCGAAAACAUAACAAGAAGAAACUCCACAAGCCCAAACCCGGAUAUGAGUCCGAACCGGACUACAAUUCGGACAUUGAAAUCCUUUCCCGGUGGUCCAUGUCAACUCGAAAGUCCCUGUCACCCUUCCGUGACUCACACUCGUCGUCUUCCUUCUCGUCCUAUCAAUGUUCGCCACUGCCGGUUGGCGAUGCAGAGUGGGCUGGGUUUGGGCUAUUUUAGCCAUUCACAGCAUUACUCUUUGUAGAAGUUACAUAGAACACGUAUUUCCGACCCUUAAAAAGUGACAAAACUUCUUUAAUGUCUCAUACAUUUGUCACAUAGAGUGAAUCGUGUGGAUUCAGUAAGUUGUAUUAAAGCCAAAAUGAAAGGUAAAAAAAGCAUGCAUAAGGAAGAUGUUCUACUUCUACCUUCCUUGCAUUGAAGAGUGCAAAUAGGAUGGCACUGAGUUUUUUCUCCGUGAUCAGGGGAAGGGAAGGGGAAAAUUUUCAUGUGCCCAAGAUGGUUUUUGAUUUCAUGGACCAUAUGGUAGAGUUGUCAACGUUUUGGUAUUUUGUAAUCAUAGAGCUUGGAUUGGUGUUUUGA